UAUAGCGGGCAAUGGAGUGAUGGAGAAAAGGUUUUCGUCGCGCCUCACUUGAACUGGCGGCCUUUUAGCGACUAUAUAUAAACACGAUACAGAUUUCUUUGCUAUCCACCGUUCCAGACACUGUAACGAAACGGAUAAGUUCCAUUCCUCACGCUCUCACUACUGUCACUCUCCUUCAGUGGAAGAAAUGUUGGCAAACCCUACCUUCCAUGGCCGGCCUCUGCACUUCACGCCUACCACAGCUCGCUACAGAUUCCUUCCUCUGCAACUCACACCUUCCUCCAUUGCUAGAAGAAGAGCUCCGACUAGAAGAAGAAAGAGCGGCAAACUAUGUUAUCAGUUGGCUGUUCGAGCUACUUCGGACGCAGCGUCGUCUUCGUCGUUUUCUGCCUCUCCUGCCUCCUUGCCUCGCCCCUAUUCAGUCAGGAUUCCUGUUGGAGACCGUUAUAUAACGGUUGAGACAGGUCAUGUCGGCAGGCAAGCUAGUGGCGCAGUUACUGUAACGGAUGGGGAAACUAUUAUCUAUACAACUGUAUGCUUAGCUGAUGAUCCGAGCGAGCCUUCUGAUUUCUUCCCUCUAUCUGUUCAAUAUCAAGAAAGAUUUUCGGCAGCUGGUCGCACCAGUGGAGGAUUUUUCAAACGAGAAGGGAGAGCAAAGGAUCACGAGGUUCACAUUUGUAGGUUGAUAGAUCGACCUCUACGGCCAACUAUGCUUAAGGGAUUCUACCAUGAAGUUCAAGUACUUUCUUGGGUAUUAAGUUAUGAUGGUUUGCACCCCCCUGAUUCUUUGGCAUUGACAGCUGCUGGAAUUGCCAUGGCCAUAUCAGAAGUACCACAUUCAAAGGCCAUUGCAGGAGUCCGAAUUGGUCUUAUUGGUGACAAGUUCAUUGUAAAUCCAACCACUGAGGAGAUGGAGGGGUCAAAGUUGGAUUUGAUACUAGCAGGCACAGAUGAUGCAAUAUUGAUGAUUGAGGGAUACUGUGAUUUCCUUCCUGAGGAAAAGUUGCUUGAAGCUGUACAAGUGGGACAGGAUGCUGUACAGGCCAUAUGCAAGGAGGUUAAAGCUUUAGUGAAGAAUUGUGGAAAGCCAAAAAUGCUUGAUGCAAUCAAGUUACCUCCUCCCGAACUCUAUAAUUUAGUUGAAGAAAUUGUUGGUACAGAAUUAGUGGAAGUGCUACAAAUUAAAAACAAGAUUCCUAGAAGGAAGGCAUUAGGGUUAUUGGAGUCUAAGGUUAAAAGUAUACUUUCAGAAAAGGGCUAUGUUAGCAAGAUGGAAGAGUUUGUAUCCAAUGAACUGAUACCAGAUUUGUUGGAAGAUGAAGAUGAGGAUGAAGAAGUUGUUGUUGAUGGUGAAGUUGAUGAAGGUGAUGUUCACAUAAAGCCGGUUGGAAGGAAAUCUAUUCCCUUGCUAUAUUCAGAGGUUGAUGUGAAGCUGGUAUUUAAAGAGGUUACAUCCAAAUUUUUGCGCAAGCGGAUUGUGGAGGGUGGGAAGAGAAGUGAUGGAAGAACUCCUCAGGAGUUACGGCCAAUCAAUUCGUGCUGUGGAAUACUUCCUAGAGCACAUGGAAGUGCUCUUUUUACCCGAGGAGAAACACAGUCCUUAGCAGUGGUUACACUUGGUGACAAACAAAUGGCACAAAAAAUUGACAACCUUGUUGAUGAAGAUGAAUAUAAGAGAUUCUAUCUCCAGUACUCGUUUCCGCCUUCAUGUGUUGGUGAAGUUGGACGGGUGGGAGCACCAUCUAGGAGGGAGAUUGGUCAUGGAAUGCUGGCAGAGAGAGCAUUAGAGCCUAUAUUGCCUUCUGACGAUGAUUUUCCUUAUACAGUACGUGUUGAGAGUACUAUAACUGAAAGCAAUGGCUCGUCAAGUAUGGCAUCUGUGUGUGGGGGUUGCUUAGCACUGCAGGAUGCUGGUGUUCCUGUAAAGUACUCUAUUGCUGGUAUAGCCAUGGGUAUGGUUUUGGACACUAAAGAAUUUGGGGGAGAUGGAACUCCACUAAUUCUCUCAGACAUCACUGGAUCAGAGGAUGCAUCAGGCGAUAUGGAUUUUAAGGUUGCUGGAAAUGCUGAUGGCAUCACUGCAUUCCAAAUGGAUAUAAAGGUGGUAGGAAUUACGUUACCAAUCAUGGAGCAGGCUCUCUUACAAGCAAAAGACGGUCGGAAAAAACUGCUUGCUGAGAUGUUAAAAUGCUCACCACCUCCUUCAAAAAUGCUCUCAAAAUACGCUCCAAUAAUUCAUGUGAUGAAGGUCAAACCCGAGAAAAUUAACCUCAUUAUUGGUUCUGGUGGGAAAAGAGUGAAGAGCAUUAUCGAAGAAACAGGGGUUGACGCUAUUGAGACACAAGAUGGAGUUGUGAAGAUAACUGCAAAGGAUUUGACAACUCUGGAAAAGGCCAAAGCUAUUAUUAGUAAUCUCAUAAUUGUUCCAACUGUUGGUGACAUAUACAGGAACUGUGAGAUAAAGUCAAUUGCUCCUUAUGGAGUUUUCAUAGAGAUUUCCCCUGGACGAGAGGGACUAUGCCAUAUUAGUGAGUUGAGUGAAAGUUGGCUGGCUAAAGCGGAAGAUGUGGUUAAAGUAGGAGACCGUGUUGACGUCAAACUUAUUGAGAUCAAUGACAAAGGACAACUUAGGUUAAGCCGUCGUGCCUUGUUGCCCAAUCCUGACCCAGAGAAACCCAAGCAACAAGCUGUUAGCCUUGCAAAGGACACUUCUGUUUCACAGAAAUCUCUUGAGAAAAGUAAAACUAAGUCAAGUGCGCCGAAGGAUGAUUUAGAAAUGGCGAAUGCUAAUCCAGCAAAGGAUAAGAAUUCCACAUUAGAAAAUAAAAAGCCACCCAAGAAAUUGGUCAGCCCUGUGAAGGAUGGGCAAAAUACUGACAAAGACAAGGCAAUGAAAGGAAGUGAUAAAUCAGUUGUCAACCUCUCAAGUAAAAGUGAAGGUGCACUGGUGAAUGGAGAGGCCAAAGUUGGCUAGCAAUCUGCUCUAUGUUUCGCUCCUUUUUUCUAAUGCAGUGGAUGAUUUUCCCUUUCAGCAAAUGAAGGAAUUCAUAACUGGACCUUGACAGAACCACCAUAUGAAAGGCAAGUGUAUUGACUUGAGAGGAAGGGGCAGUUGCCAUAUGAAGUGAGUUAUUUUCAUACGACAAUGAUCGGGAAAAGGGAUACCCCAUGGAUCACUCAUUGGAAAUAUAUAUAUUCUCCACGUUGUGCAUUUUGAUCAGCUUCUGUCGUUGAGUAGGCUCAUGGAUGGAGAAAUCUCAGGCACCAUACAUUGGAAGCCAAUUCAGGUGAACUGUAUUAAAAUAGAAAAGCCAAAUUACUCGAGUUUGGAAGAACUAAUUGUGAUUGCUUCAAGUCUGGCAGUGUCUGUUAACAAUAUUGAGUUCUAUAGAGUUGUCAUUAUACUCUGAAAA